AGUCGGCUCUCAGCACCUAAAGCAGCCACAUCAAACCCACACACCAACCAGCCAGUCUUCCAGCCAUGAGCAAGUCCUACUCCUCUUCAGCCCAGUCAGCCUCCUCGUACCGUCGUACCUUCGGCUCUGGUGUUGGUUCUUCUCCAAUGUCCUCCCUCUUCUCCUCUGGAGGUGGCCGCAGCUCCUCCUCAUCCCACAUGUCCUCCCGUGUCUACGAGGUCAAGAGCUCCGGCGCUCCCUCCUUUUCCAGCUUCAGGAUGUCCUCUGGAGGUUUUGGUGGAGCAGCCAUUGGCUCCUCCUCAGCCAUGCGCACCUACGCCGGUGAGAAACUCGACUUCAACCUUGCCGAUGCCAUGAACCAGGACUUCCUCAACACAAGGACCAAUGAGAAGGCCGAGCUUCAACAUCUCAAUGAUCGCUUUGCCAGCUACAUUGAGAAGGUGCGCUUCCUGGAGCAGCAGAAUGCAGCUCUCACAGUAGAGAUUGAGAGGCUGAGGGGCCGCGAGGGGCCCGGACGUGUCGCCGAGCUGUAUGAGGAGGAAAUGAGGGAGCUGAGGAGGCAGAUCGAGGCCCUCACCAACCAGCGAGCCCGUGUGGAAGUGGAGAGGGACAACCUGGCCGACGACCUGCAAAAACUGAAGCUGAGACUGCAGGAGGAGAUUCACCAGAAGGAGGAGGCUGAGAACAACCUGUCUGCCUUCAGAGCCGAUGUUGACAAUGCCACUCUUGCCAGGCUGGACCUGGAGAGACGCAUUGAGAGUCUGCAGGAGGAGAUUGCCUUCCUCAAGAAGAUCCAUGAAGAGGAGAUCCGUGAGCUGCAGAACCAGAUGCAGGAAACUCAGGUGCAGGUCCAGAUGGACAUGUCCAAGCCCGACCUGACUGCCGCUCUGAGGGACAUCCGCAUGCAGUACGAGGGCAUCGCUGCCAAGAACAUCGCAGAGGCUGAGGAGUGGUACAAGUCCAAGGUGUCUGAUCUCAACCAGGCUGUGAACAAGAACAACGAUGCUCUGCGACAGGCCAAGCAGGAGUCCAUGGAGUUCAGGCACCAGAUCCAGUCCUACACCUGCGAGAUCGACUCCCUCAAGGGCACCAACGAGUCUCUGCUGCGUCAGAUGAGAGAUAUGGAGGAUCGUAUGGGCCGUGAGUCUUCUGGUUACCAGGAUACCAUUGCAAGGCUGGAGGGAGACAUUGCCAAGAUGAAGGAUGAAAUGGCUCGCCACCUGAGGGAGUACCAGGACCUCCUCAAUGUGAAGAUGGCCUUGGAUAUUGAGAUCGCUACCUACCGCAAGCUGCUGGAGGGAGAGGAGAGCAGGAUCACCACCACUGUGCCUGUUCAGUCCGCCUUCUCCUCCAUUGGAUUCCGAGAGACCAGCCCUGAGUCUCAGCAUCAGCGCUCAUCAGAGGUUCACUCUAAGAAGACUGUUCUCAUCAAGACCAUCGAAACCCGCGACGGAGAGGUGGUCAGUGAGUCCACACAGCACCAGCAAGACAUCAUGUAAACAACAUGAAGUAACAGUGUAAAACACUACAUAAAACAGAUACAUAGAGACUGUAAAAACUGAAAUUUUCCUACCACCAUUAUGGCCUUUUAUAAGCUGAGCCUUUAUUUUCAGAGCCUUCCUAUACACAGAGAAAUUGUAUCCUCUCACUUGACAUCACAGAUGGCCUUAUGGCAUUAUAUGCUGCCCAUUUGGCGUCCCUUUAAGUAAACACUUGGGUGAAUUCAAAUGGGGAAACCAAAUGGCACUAGUGAAUACCAGCAGUAUCCAUCAUUUGACAUUGUAAUAGUAAAACAUGACAGAUGCAGCGUGGAGGCACAUGUUUGUUACUGGCUGUGGCCUGAUUUUACAAAAAGGGCAUUCCAGGGCUUAAUUGUAUCGCCUCACCCUCCCUUCCAGAUUUGUCUGUGGCUUGUCUGCAAACAUAAUUAAUCAGUAAAUGAAUAAAA